UCGACCUGGAGGUGGAGAACAGCUGCGAAAACAUCUUGCGGAGCUUCGCGAAAGCCAGAGUGAAAGGGUAUAGAACGAAGAAUGCAAAGGGUAUAGCGACGGCUUGCGCGCUGAUAUGAAGAGUCUAGCGCUGCUAAACGGCUCGUGUGAUGGGCUCGUCUAGCGGGCUCGUCGGCGAGCGGGAAGAAGUACGAAGAGGAAGAGGUAGGGUGAGUGGUCGAGAAAAGGUCAAAAGGUCGACGAUGGCGAAUGCACGCGCGAUAACGUCGGCUGCCAGAGAGGCUAACUGGGCGCACCAGCAGGCACCGCGCAGGUUAUAUGGGCUGCGCGUGGGGGCCUGCAGGCCCCCGCCUGCGCGCACGCACGAGGCUGGGCGGACUCCGGCUCUGGUAUCACGGUAUGUACAUCCUUGUCCACCUGCACCUGCCCGGCCUGGUCAUCGGCGCCAGGGCGCCCUUCGCGUGUACGUCCUCGCUUCGCGCACCCACCCGCGCUUCAUUGGCCCGCGCGGCGUUUCGAAUACUUCCUCGCAGCCGCCUGCGCGGGAGUGGCCGCUAUCUACGCGCCGGCAGGGAUGCCGUGUCGAACGGCGCAGAGGCUGGCCCAUUCCCUGCCUUCUUCUUCCCAUAUCUUUAUAGGAUUGGCGAGGCCGCCUGGGAGGGCAUCGCGAACACCUGGGAGGGAAUUGAGUGCG